UGGGCGGGUGUGGACACAGACAGCAGUGUCCACAGAAGACUUCCUUUUGUUAAUUUUGCUUCUCAGAACUUAGAAUUUGUCACUGUUCACAGUUCCCAUCUCCUGUCUACAAUGGACACAUCAAAGGUCCAUGGCAAUGUAAAGCCAUUUAGGUGUCCAGGGUAUAAGCAAGCAUCUUCUCCAUCUUUCUCCCCAGAUGCUUGUCGGUGCCCACACUGGCAUCAUUUGGCUCUGAAAUCUGGCUGUGCUGGGCUGAUCCUUCUUCUCUUGAGCCUGAUUGGACUCAGUGUCUUAGGAAGAUCAGCCAUACUAGAGUGCCCGAGAUAUUGGCAUCCACACUGGAACAAAUGUUUAUUUGUUUCUCAAAUUUCCAGACCUUGGGCAGAAGGUCGAGAUGCCUGCUCUAUGGAAGACGCCAUUUUGUUGCUCAUUGAAAAUAAAGAAGAACUGAGAUUUGUGCAGAACUUGAUAAAGGGAAAAGAACAGUUAUUUUUUAUUGGACUAAAAUAUGUACAGAAGGAGAAGAUCUGGAAGUGGAUAGAUGGCUCUAUUUUAAAUCCUAACCUAUUACGAAUCACUGGCAAGGACAAAGAAAACAGCUGUGCCAUCAUCUCACACACGGAAGUGUUUUCAGAUUCUUGUUCUUCAGACAACCACUGGAUCUGCCAAAAGACCCUGAUACAUGUCUGAAAGCCUGUGUCCUGAUUCCUGAUUGUGAGUCUCAUCUGGAUUACUUCACUGUCCACAUCGGAUCUCUGUACUGAACAUUCUGUUGGCCCACCCAGUGAGUAGCUAGUGGCACAAAACAAGGACUCCAAAAUCACUGUGACUUUUACAGAUGCUCAUGUCUAGUUUAUUAUGUAAACAUAAAUGUACACAGACACAGAUGUGCCAUUCUAGGAGAGGAGUUCUAUAGAAGGAAGCCCAGACCAGCAAGAGGCAGUGAAGGCCUUGUGAUGCCCUUGCUGAUCUUUUUGUCUAAGGUCAUCUGCAGAGAGCUACAGAAAACUGUUUGUAAAGUCUAGAUUUUGACCCUAUCCCCACUUCAAGCUACUUCACAUUUGGGCUGUAGAACCUUGAUUAAAGUCGUGCUGUCAUUUAUUUGACUGACAGCAGAGGCUCAGAGUUAAGGAGCUUGAGAUGAAAAGGGUUUGUAUUGAUUGACACUCGCCAACUAGUUGACUAAUAAUGGACUAAUGCUGUGUUCGACAUUGAGUGUGACUUUAUGUAAACAGAACUCUACUCAUAUGAUACCUACUACUUUGUGGUGAUGUACCAGCAGACUCUGGGCAGAUUCUGGGCCAUUGGAGUGGGGCUUCUCAGUCUCCUGAGUUGCAUGAAAGUGGGAUGUCCUCUUCUCCAGUGACCUGUUAGUACAGCUAUAACAAUACCACCACCACCACUACCAAUAACAAAAACAAAAAGACUAAGACAGGGACUUGUCUCUUCCCACUGCCCACAGGCAUCCUAUUUUAAUUUUCCCAUCACUUCUUUCUUCCACAUUUCUCUAUAAUUUAUAGCUUAUGUACAAAUUGUAGGACAUAUGUAGCUAAAUAUUGGAUAAUUGUAGUAGGAAAUAAAUGACAGCUUUUUAAUAUUUAAGUUAGAGAAAUUUUCAAAAAUAAGUAUUCUGAUAAAUCUUUCAGAUGUCCUCUUCUCAAAAAAACAAAACAAAAUAAACAAACAAACCACAAACCAAAAAAAAAAACCAAAAAACUUUGUCAAAUUUUCCAUUGUAAUCAAAAGAAAAAUAUUGAAUUUACUAUAUAAAGAAAUAAUGAAACUUUUUAGAAUAGAUACCUACAGACCCUCAUCACUCAAUGUGAAAUAUAAUAAAAUUGAAGCAUAUGCUAUGAUCCAAGUAAAAUCUCAAUUAAAAUAAUUCUAAAAUAAAAUUAUUAUUUAGGGUGUAUGAUGUUCUCCUUGCAUGUGUGUCUGUGUACUAUGUAGGUACAGUGCCCUAGGAAGCAAGAUGCAGAAUUUGAUCCCCUAGGACUGGAGUUAUAGAUGAUUGCAAGUUGCAAUGUGGGUAAUACUCUUGGACAUCCACUCUAAAACAGUUUUGUCUACACAUCGAUGGAUCCUGAUACUCAAGAAUUCCUACAACUGACCUGGAAUGUCUCCCCAGGAUUUGAGAUAGUCUCACCUUUUGGACUAAAUAUCCACUAAGGACUGGGUCUGUCUCCCUCCUUUUCCUCCUGCCUCUCCCAUUUUGCCUGCUACCUGCUUUAGUGUAUAGAUAAUCUCCUCUUUUGUGGCACUUCUCUCUCUGAUAGCAAAUAUGACACCACCUUGCUCAAUUUUCUCAGCUCCUAAAGUUUCUGGCUCUCAACUCCCAAGUCACCUACCUGAUAUUCUCUCUCACACCAAGCCCAAAACACUUCAUUUGAAACUACCUCAUCUCUGGCCUCAUGACCAGUUUCUUCCACUCAUGGGUCCCCAGUAAGUUCCCUAUACCAAGUCUCUUCUGGACUUCCUCUUUCUUCCCAUCCACAGACAAGUCCUUAAACUUAAAAUGGUCUCUUUUUCACUCCAGCACUCCAUCUCUCAGAUAUAUGCCUAAUCUUCCAUCCUUACACUUCCAAAACACACAAAUACUUGCUAAGCCUGACCCUUGCCCUGUCACCUACUUCUCCAAAAUUCUUAACAUCAUCAUCCAUAGCUGACCUCACUUUCUCCAUUUUACAGCUCCUUUGUUCACCUCUAACCUAAAAACAAACAAAAAUAUAACAAAACAAAUACCUACAAACACCAUCACCACCAAAAUUACAAACUCUUGGAUUUCCUCUCAUUAUCUAUUGAUCUCUCUCAAAAUCUAUAGAUUCCCUCUCACAAUCUAUUCCCACCAAGAUCUCCCAUUCUCCUAAAGCUUGUCCACUGUCUUUGAUUCCAUCUUUCCAAAUUCUCCAAACUCACUACUCACAUUUCUUACCUGCCUGCCCCCCAAUUCAUCCCUUUACCUCAAUGUUCCCCUGAUCCUUUGAACUUAUAUCUAAAAACUCUGAAAAACUCCUACCCCAUAUCCCUUUCAUGCACAAGAGUGUUCUUUAGCAAUCAUGUCUACAUUUUGUAUACAGAUGACAGCUCCUUCCUGUCAAAUGGCCACAUCAAACUUACUCCUCCAUUAUUAGUAUUCAUCCUUACCCCCAGGCUGCCCUUCCUCCAAUAAGAUUAUGCAUUGUCCACAAAUCUCAUCUCUCUCCUCACUCUCUUUUCCUCUGGCCAAAUGAUUGCCAGACAUCCACUGCCAACUGACUCCUCCAAAUUCACUAACUAUCCAGACACCAAACACUCUGAAUGAACCCUAUACUCCCAACAAGAUAUAACUAAGCCCAAGCCAUCUCCUAUCUGACCAUAACCAAAACCUCACUUGUGUCAAGGUCAUCCAACAAACUCUCUCCUAAACUUCACUGAUUCCCCCCUUCAAUGCCUCCCAUUGGCUUCUUUAUGUCUUUCUUCAAAGCCCUCUGGUAGUCACAGUUCCUGUCUACCAAUACCCCAGUUGCUAAUUUACCACCCCUACUACUGACCACUUUCCCACUUGAUCAUUCAAGGAUGAUCUUUGGAAAUCAAAGCCAAGGUCUAUCAACAUUUUCACACCAACCCCCCAAAACCUGUUAUAGACCAUCUCAAUAUUUUCCAAGAACUUCCCAAAUCAUCCAUGUUCUUAAAAUAUUUCAAUUCCAAAAGCCAAAUGAACACCCCAUGAAAGAGUAUUCCGAUGUAACAAACAUCUCUCAAAUUGGGUUCUUCCUGAUACAACCAGACACUGCUUUCAAAUAACAGUUGUUCCCCCAAAUAAAUUUAUAUUGCCAAUCUAAAUUUUCCUGGCUCCUCUCAAGAACUCUCAAACAUACUCUGUAGUCUCCCCUCUCCUAGCCUGAAACCUGCUUGCUCAGGGGUGGAGCUUCCUGCUCAUUCGUCCUGCCACGCCCACUGCUGGAACCUGC